GGCAUAAACCCUCUAUACGACCGAGGCUGGGCCGACGCCAUUUGCGCACCUCUGCUCGCCCUCAACGCAGCCGCCAAUAUUCAAAGUGAGUUCCGUGUCAAGAGCACAAAGGUCUAGACGCAAGACACUUUCUGUAUCCACCAGGGUUUAUCAUUGGCUGCAAAAGGCUGCCCACACAUUUUGCAGCUUCACUCAGAAAACCUUUUCUUCUUCUUCAUCAAAACAAUGUCACUAACGUACAAUCUCUCUUCUUCAGCGAUCUCUUCUUCUUCCUCUGCUUUUCUGGCUCCAACUAGAAUCGCUUCCAGACCGCAGAACGUUUCGCUUCAAGCUAAACGCAUUAAUGUUUACAAAUGUGUUGCGACACCUCAAGAGGAGAAAAUUGCUUACAAGACAAAGGUUUUGCGCAAUGCAAAUAUAGCCAAACUUCAAGCUGGUUACCUGUUUCCUGAGAUUGCUCGAAGAAAGGCUGCACACAUGCUGAGAUAUCCAGAUGCACAAGUGAUAAGCCUUGGAAUUGGUGAUACUACUGAGCCCAUUCCGGAAGUUAUUACUUCUGCAAUGGCAAAGAGGUCUUAUGCACUGUCUACCAUAGAGGGUUACAGUGGUUAUGGAGCUGAACAAGGUGAAAAACCAUUGAGAUCUGCAAUUGCUUCAGCAUUUUACAAGGACCUUGGCAUAGAGGAAGAUGAUAUAUUUGUUUCAGAUGGUGCAAAAUGUGACAUAUCUCGGCUUCAGGUUGUUUUUGGUUCUCAUGUUACUAUGGCGGUUCAAGAUCCAUCAUACCCGGCAUACGUAGACUCAAGUGUCAUUAUGGGCCAGACUGGAGAGUUCGAAAAGAAUGAGGAGAAAUAUGGAAAAAUUGAAUACAUGAGGUGUUCGCCAGAGAAUGGUUUCUUUCCUGAUUUGUCAACUGUUGGGCGAACAGAUAUCAUAUUCUUUUGUUCACCAAAUAAUCCUACCGGUGCUGUUGCAACAAGGGAACAGCUGACCCGAUUGGUUCAGUUUGCUAAGGACAAUGGGUCAAUCAUUGUCUAUGACUCUGCAUAUGCCAUGUAUAUAUCAGAUGAUAAGCCACGUUCAAUCUUUGAAAUUCCAGGGGCGAAAGAGGUUGCAAUUGAGACUGCUUCCUUUAGCAAGUAUGCUGGAUUCACUGGAGUCCGACUGGGUUGGACUGUGAUUCCCAAACAGCUUUUGUUUUCUGAUGGAUCUCCUGUUGCCCAGGACUUCAAUCGAAUUGUUUGUACUUGCUUCAAUGGUGCAUCCAAUAUCUCUCAAGCUGGUGGCUUAGCUUGUCUUUCACCAGAAGGCCUUGGGGCUAUGCAAGAGGUGAUUGGCUUCUACAAAGAAAAUACUGAAAUCAUUGUGGAUACCUUUACUUCACUCGGCUUUAAUGUAUAUGGAGGGAAGAAUGCACCAUACGUGUGGGUUCAUUUCCCCGGUAGAAGCUCUUGGGAUGUGUUCAGUGAGAUUCUUGAGAAAACUCAUGUGGUUACCACACCUGGUAGUGGUUUUGGACCUGGUGGUGAAGGCUUUGUCAGGGUUAGUGCCUUCGGCCACAGAGUGAAUAUCUUAGAAGCCUGCAAAAGGUUCAAGCAGUUGUACAAGUGAAUCAAGUUACCUGACUAGUUUUGCCUCCAAUAUGAACAAAAGAUCUAUGCUGAACGAAGCUGCAUGAGUAGGGAAAUUAUUAUCUUCCAGUUUGGCAGUCUAGAUUGCACUCAAUCUGUGACAAAAUUGUUAAGAGUAUUUGUAGUCAGGGAGAAACUUUUAGUUAGGGUAUUUCAAAUAUUUGCAAUUGGGUUUUAAAUAAUCAGUGGGACACAUUAAAAGUUUCAUACAUUAAGAUUUCGAUUAUUAACUUUUCUUACUAAUUUAUCCACUAACAAGUUUUCCAA